GCGACGAGUAUCCUACGUAUCCUACUUGCGAUCCUGUCACUACCACAGUCACUUCCACGACGACAGAGGUCUCUACGUGUUAUGUGACAGUCACGGCGCCUCCAACCACAUACACGACGACUGAUGAGGAGGUCACCACAACAACCACUACAGAGAUCAGGACAUCUGUAAGUGAUGCCGUCAGGUUGUUGCUCCAUUGCGCAUGUCAAUUGACUCACUUUCAAAACACUUCCAGUCCUAUCCCGUCACUGUCACCAUCUGCGCCACUGAUGGCUACCCAGCUCCGUACCCCACGGACGGCUACCCAACGGACUAUCCCGAGUCAGACUAUCCAGUCACUGACUACACGGAGAACGACACUCGUUGUGUCGUGUCCACAACCUGGGCGACAACCACAACCACUGCCACGGUUGUGGAGUCAUCGUCGACAACUACGACAACCACUACCACCACAACGGAACCUACAACGACCACCACCACAACUUCCGUUUCAGUCCCAACGACCACUACCACCACCACCACUGAGCCCACGACAACCACUACUACAACCACUCAGCCUACAACUACCACUGAGCCCACGACAACUACUACUACAACCACUCAGCCUACGACUACCACGGAGCCCACGACAACUACCACCACAACCACGGAGCCCACCACCACCACAACCACGCAGCCUACAACUACCACUCAGCCUACGACUACCACCACUACCACUACAGACACUGAUACGACUACCGCUACGACGCAGCUUCCUGGCUCAGUAACGACUCUUCCCGGAACGACGGCAACGUCCUUCGUCACUUUGCCGGGAUCAUUGACCACCAUUGUUUCUGCCACCACAGUGACUAUUCCCCCGACGACCAUAACCCAGCCACCGUCAACAGUGUACACGAGUAUCUGUCCCGCCCCAACAAACGAGCCCGGCUCAUUCCUUGCAAACACAUUCAAUGCGUCGUCGAACUUGGUCUUUGGCUGUGAACCCGGUUUUGUUUGUAACCAGCCUAAGCCUGCGGGCUGCGAGGUCUAUGCAGGCUUCCCUGCGAGAGACUUUGUCUGUCCGCCUCAGUACUGUGUACCGGCUCCUUACGUUCCCCUCAUCGAGUGGCCCGAGGGUGAGACUGGCUACAUCGAGUACGUGGAAGGAAUCUUCUACCUCGAUCCAAGGUCGUUCGGCCUCAGCUUCGAUAUUUUCGAGAAGGAGGUCAUUGUUACCACGACCCAGGAUGGUUACGGUUAUCCUUACGUGACUACCAUCACAACAGGCAACUGGGAGUCUCAGGCAAGCUUGUCAGACUGGCCCCAGACUCACAAUGGAAACUUCCGGCCAAAGCCCUCGCCUGCCGUUCACCUCGAGGAGCGCCACGCUCUGCUGAAGCGGCUCACGCUCCCCGCUGUCUGCUAUGAUACCUGCACGAUUGCCCUCAAUAUCGCGCAGCCCAUUGGUUUGGUACCACAGCUUUGCGCGGCCGGAUCUGGGUUCCUCACAGCUGUCGCCGACUGCAAUGUAUGCAUUGCAGCGAACACCGACACGGGUGAAGAGCCGCCGCGUGAUACGCUUGAUCUUGCGCUAGACGAGUACCUCGAUUUCUGCAAUGCGUCCCCUCCCGGAGGCACGCCCUCAUCAACUGGUCUGCCUGGCGGAACCAGCUCAACCUCUCAGACGAGCGGGACGGGAGCACCUCCCGCCAGCUCUUCGACAUUUGUCUCCAUCUCAAUCCCGCCCGUCACUUCAUCCUCCACUACCCCGCCACCGCCGCCUCCCACCUCGUCCUCGACUCCUACGCCUACAUCGAGUUCUACCACCACACCGUCGACACCACCUGCUGAGACUGUUCCCCCUUCCAGCAGCACAAGUUCUACCACAAGCCCUACGAGCUCUAGUGACAGCACUUCUUCUCAGCCCCCGACUGAUGGUCUCUCGGAUAGCUCAAGUACCUCAACGAGCUCGUCUAGCGAAUCCAGUGCCACUGACACCUCGACCGCAAGCUCCUCAAGCGAGUCCUCGUCGAGCGAGACGAGCGCAAGCUUUAGCGCUGCUGGUGUCGGGUCCAGCACAUCGUCAUCUGGAUCGGCCUCUGGCAGCUCAACCAGCAGCACAGGUGCGGGCGUGAUUGAGCCGACGAGCAGCUCCAACGGGACUGUCCCGAUCUCCAGCACGUCUACGACCGGCACCGGCAGCACCGGAACUCAGACUGUGCCCACUUACAUCCCGACUGCCGGCGCUUCGUUCCUGACGUCGCGCGGAUUGGGAUCCGGUGCGUCAGCCUCGGUUCUUGCCACUUUGGCCUCGAUCUUUUUCUCGCUCCUGCUCUAAGCGAAGAGUUUGAAACGAGUUGGAGAGGCAGGAGAGACGGCUCCCCGCAGGCAUCAUCACCCAAGCCUGUUUUCCAGCCACUUCUUCUCUCGCCAUGGCACAGACGACUUGUCCUUUCUGCUCUGAACCCA